CCCUGCUGUGGGAAGGCCAGUUUUCCUGCAAGCCUUCUCUGGUUCCUUCCCAGCACGCGGGCCACUUCAUGGAGGCCCCGCUUUGCCCUGAGCAGCACAGUGGAAAGGCGUCCGGGCAGAGGGGAUAGCAGCUGUGGGUCCCACCGACCUGGGUUCAAAUCCCAGCACCCUCCACCGGCCCGGUGACAUCUGGCAAUUUACUUACCUGUGCUUGUGUGAUCUGUUCUUCAGUUUUCAUCUGUAAAAGGAGAAUGAUGACAUCAUUUGCAUGGGGUUGAAGUGGGGGGUGGAAGUAACAAAGAGGCGCCUGCACGCUUACUGCCGGCGUUCAGUAGGCCCCUCCUGCCCAGGGCCAUGCACCCCUGAGUGGCGGCGUCUGGACCCCGGGCAGCCCCAGAGAACCGGAGCCAGAGAACGAAGACGGGGCCAGGACACCUGCUGGGGGCUUGGAUGCCCGGCUGCCUCUGAGGACAUCUUUGGAGCGAGGGUGGCUUUGGGGUGGGGGGUUGUGCCGCAGGGAAUCCAGCCAGGCCCCAAGAUGGACACUUCUGGGCACUUCCAUGACUCGGGGGUGGGGGACCUGGAUGAAGACCCCAAGGGUCCCUGCCCGUCGUCCGGGGAUGAGCAGCCGCCGCCGCCGCCGCCGCCGCCGCCGCCCCCAGCAGCCCCCCAGCAGCCCCCGGGACCCCUGCUGCAGCCUCCGCAGCAGCCCCAGCAGCAGCCAGCGCGUCCCCUGUCUCUGCUCGCCCAGGUCCAGAGCCAGCCCGUCCAGCCCGGCCUGCCGCACUCCUCACCCACGACGCUCAGGGGCCCCCCUUCGGCCAACUCCACCGCUGCCCUCCGCCCCUCCUCCAGGCAAGGCAGCCAGUUCAAUCUCAAUGACCACUUGCUCGGCCACUCUCCAAGCUCCACAGCCACAAGUGGGCCCGCUGGCGGCGGCCGGCACCGGCAGGCCAGCCCCCUGGCGCACCGGCGGGACAGCAACCCCUUCACGGAGAUCGCCAUGAGCUCCUGCAAGUACAGCGGGGGGGUCAUGAAGCCCCUGAGCCGGCUGAGCGCCUCCCGGAGGAACCUCAUCGAGGCCGAGCCCGAAGGCCAGCCCCUCCAGCUCUUCAGCCCCAGCAACCCCCCCGAGAUCAUCAUCUCCUCCCGGGAGGACAACCAUACCCACCAGACCCUGCUCCACCCCCCCAACGCCACCCACAACCACCAGCACGCCGGCCCCGGCCCCGGCCCCGGCCCCGGCCCGGCCACCGCCGCCGGCAGCGCCACCUUCCCCAAAGCCAACAAACGGAAAAACCAAAACAUUGGCUAUAAGCUGGGACACAGGAGGGCCCUGUUCGAAAAGAGGAAGCGUCUCAGUGACUAUGCUCUGAUUUUUGGGAUGUUUGGAAUUGUUGUCAUGGUGAUAGAGACCGAGCUCUCUUGGGGUUUGUACUCAAAGGAUUCCAUGUUUUCGCUGGCCCUGAAAUGCCUUAUCAGCCUGUCUACCAUCAUCCUCUUGGGCUUGAUCGUCGCCUACCACACGCGAGAAGUCCAGCUCUUCGUGAUUGACAACGGCGCGGACGACUGGCGGAUAGCCAUGACCUGCGAGCGCGUCCUGCGCAUCAGCCUGGAGAUGCUGGUGUGCGCCAUCCACCCCGUCCCCGGCGAGUACAAGUUCUUCUGGACGGCGCGCCUGGCCUUCUCCUACACGCCGUCGCGGGCGGAGGCCGACGUGGACAUCAUCCUGUCCAUCCCCAUGUUCCUGCGCCUGUACCUGAUUGCCCGCGUCAUGCUGCUGCACAGCAAGCUGUUCACGGAUGCCUCGUCCCGCAGCAUCGGGGCGCUCAACAAAAUCAACUUCAACACCCGCUUCGUCAUGAAGACCCUCAUGACCAUCUGCCCUGGCACUGUGCUGCUGGUGUUCAGCAUCUCGCUGUGGAUCAUCGCCGCCUGGACCGUGCGUGUCUGCGAAAGGUACCACGACCAGCAGGACGUGACCAGUAACUUCCUGGGUGCCAUGUGGCUCAUCUCCAUCACCUUCCUCUCCAUCGGUUACGGGGACAUGGUCCCACACACGUACUGUGGGAAGGGCGUCUGUCUCCUCACCGGCAUCAUGGGUGCGGGCUGCACUGCCCUCGUGGUGGCCGUGGUGGCCCGGAAGUUGGAGCUCACCAAGGCGGAGAAGCACGUGCACAACUUCAUGAUGGACACUCAGCUCACCAAACGGAUCAAGAACGCCGCGGCCAACGUCCUUCGAGAAACGUGGCUGAUCUACAAGCACACGAAGCUGCUGAAGAAGAUCGACCACGCCAAGGUCCGGAAGCACCAGAGGAAGUUCCUGCAAGCUAUCCACCAACUGAGGAGUGUCAAGAUGGAGCAGAGGAAGCUUAGCGACCAGGCCAACACCCUAGUGGACCUCUCCAAGAUGCAGAACGUCAUGUACGACCUGAUCACGGAGCUCAACGACCGCAGCGAAGACCUGGAGAAGCAGAUCGCCAGCCUGGAGUCCAAGCUGGAGCACCUGGCGGCCGGCUUCAGCUCCCUGCCCCUCCUCAUCGCCGACGCGCUCCGCCAGCAGCAGCAGCUCCUGUCUGCCCUCGCCGAGGCCCGGGUUGGCGCGGCGGGCACCCCGCACACGCCCCCGCCCUCCGAUAGCCCCCUCGGGGUCAGCUCCGCCUCCUUCCCGACCCCGUACACGAGCUCCAGCAGCUGCUAAAUGAACGCCCGCUCCGGAAGCGGAACCCAUAGGUCUUAAGAUGCAAAUGGACUCUGUCCUGGUCACUGCGCCAUCAAGGAACAAUCAGACCAGGGAGCGCAAAGAAGAGAGACCAGCUAAUUAAGUAGCUCCCGUUCGUUCGGCGUGCUUGGUUGGAUACGCCUGGAAACCAGAAAUCUAAUCUCUGUUUAGGUGCCUCCACUUGGGAGCGGGAAGACGGGGGGGGACAGGAAGCGGUGGCGCAGAACAGAAAUCCACGCGCGAUCUCCGGUCUCGCGCGGGAGCGGGGGUGGGGGGCAGACAGGUGCACGGAAGGGGCCAACGGGGAAGGAGCCCAGACGAGGGUCCCCCGGAGGCGGUGUCAGGCUUGGGCGUGGGCUCCUCACCGGGUUCCUGGGCACACCCCUCUCCUUGCCUCUGGAUGACACUGGCCAAAACAGGCGCUGUCUCCUCUCAUGCCGGAGUCAUAAAACCCAAUUUAGACAAAAAAAAAAAGUAAAAAGCCAGAUUUUCCAUCCAAUAUUAAUACCCAUAUAAACCUGUGUGUUCGCACAUCUGUGCACGCACACACCCCACAUUCAACCCAGGUCUUUUCUCGUUUGAACUUGACCCACUAGGAAGGGACCCGGUACCUUACUGUGCACACAGUAGGCACUCUGUAAUGCACGUGGAGUUGGCUUGAAUCUGAAUGUGGGUGCUUUCAGCUCAGGGGGUUUGCUAGUGUCGGGCAUAUUCUGAGCUUCCCUAAAGACGCAGGCUAGAGAGGGCACCUCACCCUGGGGGCGCACCCCGCUUGCUUGGCUAGAGACGAACGCCCAGCCAGACUUGUUGGCAUUCCGGAGGGAUGAGCAGUCUUCUAAAAACAACAGCCCCACAGAGUUUCCUCCGUAUAUCUGAGCCAGCUGUGUUCCCAUGGAGCACGUGAGGGGAGGGCACGGGGUCCCUGCACAUGGGCGCACGCACACGCCAGCAGGUGCAGCCCAGUGACACCUGAGUGAGGACCAGCACGUCUGGGGCUUUGCUCGGCUGCGUCCACGCAGCUGCAGGGCUCCAGCCCCAGGUGUCAGGAGCGCAAAGGGGCCCAAGUCCCUACCUGGGGGCCACACCGAGCUGGAAGAAGUGGAGGGGGGGCCCGUGGUCCCUUCUACCUGGCCUGAGACCGCCUCAACGCGAAAGAUUCGGAGAAGAACGGGACCCUCAGGGAGCCCUGUGGGCCGGGACAGAUGACGCGGGCCUGUCAGCAGCCUGUUCCGUGCCACGGUGGUCUUGGUGCCAAAACUACUCGAAUGUGUCUCAAACUCCAAGAAACUUGAGAAGCGUGAAGACCCAGUGUCGUGACAGGCGCUGGGAGGCGAGGCGCGUGGACGCGGUCCCUUACUACUCUGUGUCUGGCCACCACCCGUGUGCUGUGAUGCAGCCGUCACGUGCCCCGUCACCGCUCCUGUCGUGAGGUCCUCGACUUGGGCUGCGGGGCGACGAACGACACGGUUCGCGGCAUCCCGUCUGUUCAGGGAAGGGUGUCAUUUGCAAACGGUCGGCCUCCCUUUGCGCAGGACAUUGUCACGUCUCUGACGUCCUGACAUCAACUGGGCCAGGCCUUCUAGGGACAAGGGAGUCACUAGAUGGCAGGAGGCGGGUGACCCUGGAACUGGGCAAGAUCGGGCGUCUUGCUAACCUUCCCCUUUUCUCUCUUUCUGUUGCUGCUGUUUUCCCUAAACGGGCUUGUUCUCCGCGUGGUAACCGGAGAACACGUCCGCUGGGUGUUUUGCGUAUCACACCUGCCGCCCCUGCUGUUGGCUCUUUAUUUUGCUACUUGUUCUUUCAACUGUCAAUCAUCCGACAGAUCACCCUCCUUUUUCAUGUCCCAAGAAUGGUGCUCCUGUUCUCAGUGGCAGUGCAGCCGAGCAUAUAAACAGGUGUGGAGGCAGAUGAAAUAACCAUGCGGUUUCUUUACGGCGUUAAUUCCACUCACAAGGUGGAGACCGCGUCCGCCACGCUGCGCGCUCCAGCCCCGGUCGCUGACCGACGGUCCCUGCCCGUUACCUCCUGCUCGCCCUUUCCAUUCCGCUGUGACCCAUGACGUGUGUGCGCACGUUCACGCUCACAGGGGGUUAGUCUUAACUUCAAACAAAUGGCACGCAAGAUUCCACUGCCACCCCCCUGCACAGACCGCCGUUGAGCCAUCGAGGUCUGCGGGUAAUUCUUCAACCCCUCACUAACACGGUGCACCAAAAUGAACGCCAAAGACCAAGCUGGCGACACUGGUAAAGAGGGGCUGGAGUCCUCUCCGGAAGCGGAGGCCACCGCCCCCCGGAAACACAGGGGCAUCUGGGGCAGGACUUGAGCUCACGGCAGUGCAGUAGCUGUGUGGAGUUUUCUUCCUCGGCUCCGUGCCCAGUCUUCAAAAACGAUCCAGUCUUUGCCAGUCUUGUGACCGUAAACGGGAGGGCACAUCCCUGACGGAGCCCCUCAGCUUCAUGUGGGGAAGUUAUCCGCUCUCCUGCGAGUGCAAUCGACCUUGAUGACCUCAGUAUUGAUCAUUCAAAGUGUAGUUCCCCCCCCCGCCCCGGUUUCCUCCCCAUAGCCUGCCUUGUGGCCAAUCCCGCUGUGCCUCAGCGUCACAGACAGAUGGGACCAGGUAGCGGGUGAUCGCUGUGCCUUCUCGUUCCCUCGUUCCGAGUCUGGUGGCAGUGGAGAUUUAAUUGUCUGCUGGAGAAUCGGCUGUGUGAACUAACGUAAAACUCUGACUCACAAUGACCUCACUCGAAUGCUGAACUGAGUUCUG